AGCCGUCGAGUCAGAAACAGCUGUCUGACAUAGAAAUCCCCCACACUGUUAUAAUUAUUCAAUAUGUUUCCAUUGACUGAGGAAAACAAGCAUGUGGCCCAGUUGUUGCUCAGUACUGGUACCUGUCCAAGAUGUGUUUACAGAUUCUGUGGUGUGGAUUUUCAUGCACCUUACAAACUUCCCUACAAGGAGUUGCUCAAUGAACUACAGAAAUUUCUGGAAACUGAAAAAGAUGAAUUAAUUUUGGAAGUUCCAAACCCACCUCCUAAGAAAAUUCGACUACAAGAACUAGAAGAUGGGAUUGAUGGGAUUGAUAAUCUGAGUCAAAAUGGAGAGGGAAGGGUCUCCGUUAUUGAAGAUGGUAGCAUUGCUUCCAAGAACUCAAAUUUAAAUGUGUGCAAUGUAUGUCUAGGAAUUCUUCAAGAAUUCUGUGAAAAAGAGUUCAUUAAAAAGGUGUGCCAAAAAGUUGAGGCCUCUGGGUUUGAAUUUACCAACUUGGUAUUUUCAGUCUCCUUUCCACCACAGCUAUCUGUAAGAGAGCAUGCUGCAUGGUUGCUGGUAAAACAGGAAAUGGGAAAACAGAGUCUGUCGCUGGGAAGAAAUGAUAUAGUUCAACUAAAAGAAGCCUACAAAUGGAUAACUCACCCCCUGUUUUCAGAGGAACUGGGUGUUCCCAUUGAUGGAAAGAGCUUGUUUGAAGUGAGUGUGGUGUUUGCUCACCCAGAAACAGUUGAGGAUUGCCACUUCCUACGUGCAAUAUGCCCAGAUUGCUUCAAGCCAGCCAAAAACAAACAGUCAGUGUUCACUAGAAUGGCAGUUAUGAAAGCGUUGAAUAAGAUAAAAGAAGAGGAUUUCCGCAAGCAGUUUCCUUGUCCUCCAAACUCACCAAAGGCUGUAUGCACUGUUCUUGAAAUUGAGUGUGCUCAUGGUGCUGUUUUUGUGGCUGGGAGAUAUAAUAAAUAUUCCAGGAAUUUACCACAGACUCCUUGGAUAAUUGAUGGAGAAAGGAAGCUGGAAUCUUCAGUGGAAGAAUUAAUUUCAGAUCAUCUUUUGGCAGUAUUCAAAGCAGAGAGUUUUAAUUUUUCCUCCUCUGGAAGAGAAGAUGUAGAUGUGAGAACAUUAGGAAAUGGAAGGCCCUUUGCAAUUGAGCUGGUGAAUCCUCAUAGAGUACAUUUCACUUCACAAGAAAUUAAGGAACUUCAGCAGAAAAUUAAUAAUUCGUCUAACAAAAUCCAAGUCCGUGACUUGCAGCUUGUCACAAGAGAGGCAAUAGGACAUAUGAAAGAAGGUGAAGAAGAAAAGACCAAGUCCUAUAGUGCCUUAAUAUGGACAAAUAAAGCCAUACAGAAGAAAGACAUUGAAUUCCUAAAUGGCAUAAAGGACUUAAAGAUCGACCAGAAAACACCUCUGCGGGUCCUUCACCGGAGGCCCCUGGCUGUGAGAACUCGCAUCAUUCACUCCAUGGAGACAUGCUAUGUGGAUGAACAUCAUUUUCACCUCUAUCUGAAGACUCAGGCUGGAACCUACAUUAAAGAGUUUGUACAUGGAGACUUUGGGAGAACCAAGCCGAACAUUGGUUCUCUAAUGAAUGUGACUGCAGACAUUCUUGAGCUGGAUGUUGAGUCUGUAGAUGUUGACUGGCCCCCUGCUCUGGAUGACUAGCUUUCAACUGGACACACAGAGUAGGGUUUUCAUGGCAUGAUGUGGACCUCCAUUCAGCAUACACUGUAUAAUGGCUGUUUACUCACCAUUACAGUGUCUUGGAAACCAUUUGGAUCACGUUGAUCUAUGUAUUUUAAAAUUUGUUGUAACAUCUCAGGAUCUAUGUAUGUGUAUAUUUUGUGUUAAAUGUUCUAAGGAUGUCAUGAUUUUUCUUGUUCCCUCUCCAACCCCUACAUGCCAGACUAUGAAUAAUGAAAACAUUCUCUUAAUUCUUUCAUUUAGAGAAGUACACAAACAGGAUACAUUCUGAUAAUCUGAGAAGCUAUAAUUUCUUUCAGCAAAAUUUCCCUCCACAAGACAUACUACCUUCAAAAUCAUGUUCUAAAUUUUAAAAAUGAUCUUGGUAAGUUAUAUCUAG